UGGUUCUCGGCAACUUUUCCAAACAUUCCUUUAUGCUAUAUAAUAAUAAUAAUAUAUUCCUUUGGAAACUGUAAUACACUGCUUGGAAAAUAUGUCUAAUAAUAAUAAUAUAUUCCAGGUUUGUUAGUAAGGCAUUCCUCUAAUCGCAAUGCCUUCUUCUUUCAGAUUUAGCAAUUCUCUCAUUUUUAAAAUUUCUGAACUGCUCAAUAAUUUUUAUAUGUACACACACUAGUGGGGAUGGCACAUGCUUUGCCUAUGCUGCCAAUUUCAUUCUUUAUUUUCUAUUAUUAUUUCCAUAUAAGCUUGGCCUGUUGCAGAAUCUCCACCCUUUAUUUUUUGACAAUAGAAGCUAUGUUUAAACCGAAGAUAACCUUUCAAGGAGAAGUAAUAUUAGUACACCAUUCUUUAUUAUUCUUUCCUUGCUUUAGUGUUUUCUAUUGAGGCGCAGAAUUAUAGCAAGUCAAAAAUAGAUAUGAUUGUAUAUAAUGAACCAAGAAAAACUUGAGCAGCCAAUUUUCCAUGUUUGUUAAAGUUAUAAUGAACCAUUACUAAGAAUAUUUGUCAAUAAAAAACUGAACUUUUACUCGUAACAAAAGUACAUGCUCUGUCUUCAACAAGUAAUACAUAUUAUAUAUUCAUACAUGUGUGCAUGAAAUGGAGGGCCUGUUUCACCCUUUCAAUUCUACUUUGUUUUUAUAUUUAUAUUUAUAUGGUUUAUAAAUGUAAUAUCACACCAUAUGUUGAUUUGCAUACUCUAGUGGGCCCCGCCCAUUUAAUGGAAAUGAUAGUAUCAUUACCAUUCACCAUAUCUAUCUAUCUUAUACAAAAGGACCAGCUCAUGUGGAAUGAUUCCAUUGUAUGGGCUGGUGGGUACCAUAUUAGGAUGUCCUCUUUCUAUUGUUGAAAAAGAACUAUGAAGAGCUAUGCAAAGAAAAAUUUAGAGUCAAUAUUUUCUUUUAUUGAAAUUCUAAUGUGCACCCCACGAUGUACCAAUUUUGUAUUUUCACUCCAGAGUUUUCUUUAAAUGCUUUUGCUUUUGCUGUACUGAGUUUUGUUCUCCCUGUCAUUGAAUGAGUUGAGUUGACUGAAAUUCUAAUUUAAUUUAAUUACAACAGAUGAUGAGAGAAAGGUGAAGUUUCUGAAAAGCUUUCAAGGAGCUAAGACAAGAUGACAAAGCAAAAGGAUGCAAAUAAGCCAAAAGGACGAGGCAGGACAAAAAAGAAUGACAUCAACAAUCUGAAAGCUCAAGGACGCAAGACAAAACUAGAGUGGAAUGAGAAAGGAGAACCUAUAGGAACAGCAUAUGCAGAUAUGCAAUCAUGGAUUGGGGUUAAAGCAAGAUCUACAGUCCCUCUAACUUAUGAUGAUUGGAGACAUGUAGAUUCGAAACUCAAGGAGAAAAUAUGGAAAGACACAUACGAUGCUUUCGAGCUUCCAGAAACGUAUAAGCCUAAACUACUAUCAGAUGCGGGGAAAAUGAUGAAAAGUUUCAAGAAGCUCCUGACCCGGACGAUUAUCCUCCCGAUUGCUAAAAGUGGUAGGAUAGAAGAACUUCGUGCUACUCCGCAGAAGUAUCCGUAA